GCUCUUUGAGAGCGUAUGGUUGACAAUCAUUGUGUUUCUUGCAAGCACGUUUUUCCUCCGAGGCAUCGCAUUAAAAGGAGAGUUUUUGCUUCUUCCAAAUGCCUUAUUCGAGCAGGUGCUGCCAGAAGAGAUAGCAUCUUUCCUCUUUGCGAAGUCGAGCCCCUUGAUCAUAAUAUUUCACGAGAAGCGAUCGAAUCAAACAGCUUCUUUUCCUCAUCCAUAAACCUGUUCCCAUGGAAUCGGGGGCAUCCUACGAUUUGCAACAUACGUUCGCAGCAAGAUGUUCCACGAGAACUGGUUUGGUUUGUGCAGGCCAUCGAAAAUCUGUCAAGGCCUCCCAGCUAUUUUGUGUAUGAGAGAGAGAGAGAGAUAGAGAGCCACAGCUGGCAUUGCAAGAGGGAAACGACCUUGACUUGUAGGUCUACAGGCAUGGAGGUUGUGGGCUCCUUGGCAAGCGCCUUGUGUGGCUUGGCUCUGCGCCCUGCUAAGAAGAUAUGGGACUGCAAUGCCAACAUUGAAACGCUGGAGAACAAGGCGCCCCACAUCCGGCACAAGAUCAACGCUUUCAGUGAUCACAAGCAGCAGAAUCCUGGCUUCACGUUCUCUCAAGCGGCCGAGGAAUGCUUGGAGCGUGUCAGGAAAUGGAACACCACGGCACAAGCACUCUUGGGAUCACGCCACAACAGGAUCUGGAGCCCCAUAAAGCGGUACAAGCGGAGUAACGACAUCGCGAAGUCCUUAAGUGCCUACGACGAUCUCCUGUCGCAGAUCCAAGGUCACGAGCAUGAGCUGAAUGUCCACAUUGAGGAGCUAAAGAAGAGGGCAUCCAGAAUCCAGGCCACGCUUGACAAGUUUAAUGCUCCCAAGCACAGGAAUCCAGAUUUCCGCUACUCUGGUGAGGCUGAGGCGUGGCUGACUGGACUGACUGAAUGGACUAAGAAGGCGCAAGCGCUGCUUGGAUCACAGGAGAAGCGAUCUGGCGCGAUUUCGGAGCUGGUACGCACUUGCGAGAACGAUCUCCUCCCGCACAUUGAAAGGUACGAGCGAGAAGAGUUGAGAGUGAUACGGCCGAGCACCAGCUUUUCCGUACGGAGUUGUCCACAAGACAGAGGUCUCGUAAACUAUGUACGGCGUGGUGUUCCCGAGGCCAACGACAUGUUUGGCCGCCAUGGGGAGCAGCUGGAUGAGGUGGUGAAUGCCCUCCUGGAUCCACAAGCCCCGGGGAAAUGGUUUGGACUCCUGGGAAUGGGAGGGUGUGGCAAGACCACCCUUGCAAGCUUCGUGCACAAUGACCAGAGGGUCCGGCAGCAUUUCCAUGACAACAUUGUAUGGAUCACUGUCAAGAGAGAUGCAUCGGAGGAUGAUCUCAGGGCCCUGCUCCUCGACGCUCUUGAAUGGGGCGGCAUGAAAGAGAGGGCCCAAAAUGCAGGCACCCUUGAGCAUGUGCAGCACUUGGCACAAAAUGUUGCUCGUGGAAUUUGUGUCUUGCUGAUACUGGAUGAUGUGUGGGAAAUGAGCCAGGCCAAGGGACUGGAUUUUAUAGCAGGGCCGUCCUCUUACAGCCGGGUGCUGGUAACAACCAGAAAGAAAGGCAUUUUGAGCAUGCUGGGUGCAAAGGCACUUCCUGUGCAUGAGCUAUCAGAGGACGAGAGCAAAAUGAUGUUUUGGAAGUUUGCCUUUUAUGAUUCACUACCUAGUGAUCCGGACAUUGUGAAAGUUGCCGAGAGAAUAGCUAGCAAAUGUGAGGGGCUCCCUUUAGCUCUUGAAGUGAUUGGCAGUGCCAUGGCUGAGUACAGGCAUGACGGGCCGCAGGUGUGGGAAGAACGCUAUCAGAAGAUGCAUUUGUUGAAUGACCCAGACGUUGAGAAGCAGAUGUUCCAGCGCUUGAAGUUUAGCUAUGACGAGCUGUCUAAUAAGGAUGAAAAGCUGCAAGAGUGCUUUCUCUAUAUGGCUGCGUUUCCAGAAGAUCGGCGAAUCGAGUUUGAUGAUCUGAGAAAAUGUUGGAUAGCGGUUGGGUCAGAACUCUCGCCUCUGCAGAUUGUUAGUGAACUGGAACGAAGAUGCCUAGUGAAGACAACUGAUUCUCGAUUCAGAGUCGCGGAUCAGAUUCAAUGGUAUAAGCAUGUAACUGUGCACGAUAUGGUACGCAAGCUGUGCAUAAGAAUCUUGAAAGGGAAGUACCCACCCCAGGAAGAGCACGAGAAGGGAUGCCUGUUUGGCUAUGAUUGUCCACCUGGGAUUUCUCCAACAUGUUCUAAAGUUUCAUUCAUUGGAAAGAAGGUUACAAGCAGCUUUUUGUCUGACAUUCAUGUGCGAGAUGUCUUGCUUCUCGAUGGAUGUAAAGUAAUUUCUGGUGUGGAUGACAGUCUUAUUAUAGAUCACUUCGAAAAUGUCAAGGUAUUGAGCUUGAAUAGAUGUUAUGAUCAGGUCCGUUUUAUUCUAGAGAGCAUAUCCAAGCUGAGAAACCUUCAAGUGCUUGACCUUCGAUAUUCAGGUGUGCCUCAAUUGCCAGAUGCGCUCUUCAGCUUGACAUCACUGAAGGUUUUGAAUUGCAAUCAUAUCAGAAAACUCAACUUUGGAUUACUGCCCCAAUUAUUCAACUUGGAAGAGCUGGAGCUUCAUUCCUCUGAGGAGUUAGCUGUGGAUUUGAGUGGAAUUUCAAGCCUACACAAGCUAAGACAUUUAAAGCUAGACCUCUAUGGUGCAACACCUAUAAAAAUACCUCACAGCCUUGGUGCACUAGUGGACAUUGAGACACUGGUGUUGCGUGCAAAGAGUAUGGACUUAGCCGAUUUCACCGGCCCGUGGCAACUUGUCAAUCUAAGACGAUGUAACAUUAGUGUGCAAUCGACUAUCAAACUUGACUGGAAGCGAAUGUUUAAGAAUUCCAAACAGCUUCAGGACUUUUCGAUUGACGGGGUACAAGACGGUGAAAACAAUGCCGAAAGCCUUGAAUGGCCACAGCUACAAUUUUUAACCAUCAGGAGCAAUGAGACAAUGAAAGACCUGUCUUCGUUAAAGGGUUUUCAAUGGCUACGAGAACUUCACCUAGACUGCAGUGGUAUCCAGUUCUUCAGUCUGGAAGGAUCGUUCCCAUGCCUUGAACGUCUGGAGCUUGAAUCCUAUAAGAAGUUAGCUCUGGCUCUGGAUUUGAGUGGAAUUUCAAGCCUACACAAGCUAAGACAUUUAGAGCUAAAACUCUACAAUGCAACAAUAAAAACACUGGAGCUUGAAUCCUGUAAGGAGUUAGCUGUGGAUCUGAGUGCAAUUUCAAGGCUACACAAGCUAAGACAUUUAGAGCUACAUCUCAAUGCAACAAUAAAAAUACCUCACAGCCUUGGUGCACUAGUGGACAUUGAGACACUGGUGUUGCGUGCAAAGAGCAUGGACUUUGGCGAUUUCACCGGCCUGUGGCAACUUGUCAACCUAAGACGAUGUCACAUUUGCGUGAAAUCGACUAUCAAACUUGACUGGAAGCGAAUGUUUAAGAAUUCCAAACAACUUCAGCACUUUACCAUUGAUGGGGUACAAGACGGUGAAAACAAUGCCGAAAGCCAUGAAUGGCCACAGCUACAAUUUUUAACCAUCACAAACAAUGAGACAAUGAAAGACCUGUCUUCGUUAAAGGGCUUUCAAUGGCUACGAGAACUUCACCUAGACUGCAGUGGUAUCCAGUUCUUCAGUCUGGAAGGAUCGUUCCCAUGCCUCGAACGUCUGGAGCUUCGAAAUCUGCACAUUGCACAGUCGGAGUUCAAGGAUGAUUUGGCAGCAAGUCUUCCAAAUCUGAAGAGUUUAACAUUCGUUGUGGCUCUUGAUAAUACAUGGGAGCAUUUGCCUCUCUUUGUGACACAACUCCCCAAAGACCUUGAUACACUGGAUGUUGUUAUAAAAAGUUACAUGAGGAGACUCUUGAUGCCAACCGAGAGAUCACAGCUGAAGGUGAAAUGGUUCACAUUAUCUUUGCUGAAGGGCUGUAUGAGGCAGCUCCCCAAUGAUUUCUUUGAGCCAACAGACCAGAUGACUGCUCUAAGAGGUGUAACCUUGGUUAGGAUCGAAAAUAUUCCAUCAUCCAUUGCAUCCCUUCCAGGAUUGGAGGAACUUGUGCUCUCUGAUCAUGAUGAUGUAGUGUGGCCCCAAUUGAGUUCAGACAAUCACGGCCUUGGCUUAUUUCCCAGGCUCAAAGUCGUAUACUGCCCAAAAGGUACGAAAGUUCCACCAUGGCUUGAGGAGCGGCCGGAUCUCAAGAUAUACGGGCUCUAGUAAACCUUGCUCCUUCAGUGGACAUCGAUUGGGUUCUUGAAGAUCUGCGCAAAUGCUACACUAUUUUGCAUCACAAGUAGGACAUCAUAAAACGAAAACAGAGAUUUCACAGCGUCAAGAAGAAACAGUUUCUUUUUUUCUUACAAAUUGUAUUCUCGGGAUAUUACUUUACUCUCGUGGUUUUAAGUAUUUUAAAACCUAAAUGGUAAAAUAUAGAAAACAUAGGAAUAUUAA